AUGCCAGGCCUCUUUUACAAGGCUUUAUAUGCCAUACAGGAGGAAACCACCAACCAAGACCACCCUCUCCUCAAAGAAGAAGGGUUCAAGUUCAACAAUGAUGGACUGGGGACCAGUACUGCUUGGGCUAAUUCUGUUCAUACUUCUCCAGCCGGGGCUUCUCUUCCAGUUGCCGGGGAACUCCAACCACGUGGAAUUCGGCAGCUUCAAGACCAAUGGAAAGGCUGUGCUAGUCCACACCCUAAUCUUCUUCGUGGCCUAUGCCAUUUUCAUCUUGGCUGUUGGUAUACACAUCUACGGAGGUUGAUUACGUGACAUGCAUAGUAAGCAAGCAAUACAUUUGGUCCAUAAUUAAAGGCUAUGGCUUCUUGAAUUGAACUCAGUAAGAGUGUCUGGAUUUGUUUGUUCUCUUUAAUGAUAGUUGUGUUCUCUUGUUUGGUUGGUCUAUUGUGAGCUUUGGGUAUUUUGUAUAUGUUUGUUUUUUGAUUCUUAUGACUUUAUAUCUAAAUUGUAAACUAUGAUCCUUCUCGUACACAAAAAAAGUAAGUAAAAACUUGAACUCUAUUUGUAUCGAUGUUACUCUAGCUAGAUUCGAUUAGAUUCAUGUUUCUUC